UGGCGUUUGCAGGUGGGCCGUUACGCAGGCCCCAGGGCCGGCGCUGGCAUCGGCGCCGCGUUACCUCUCCGGACCGCCAGAGGUUACUUCGCGUGCUUCUGUUCGCAGAGACUGAAAAUACUGUUGAGAAAACGACAAAAUGAGUAGUCGUCGAAAACGUGCACCUCCGUCAAAAAUAGAUGAGGAGAAGAAGAAAAAGCUCUGCUGGAAUAUGCAUGAAGACCGGAGAAAUGAGAUGAUAACAUUAGAUGAUAAAAUGACUAAUGAGGACCAUGUUCCAGGUCCAAGCACUUCUUCUGCAUCCUUCAUCGUUAUAAAUGAUGAUAGCACUGACGAAGAUCUCAUUCAGAAAGAAAGCAGUGGCUCAAAGUCUGUUAAGUUUUUGACAGUUAACGAUGAAGAAGACUCUAAUUCCAUCUUGACUCCUGUGUCAGUACAGCUAAAUAUUAUAGUCUUGCCAUACCGUGCAGAUGGGUCCUGGAAAGCUUUGUUGGGAGAAUUUGCUCUUCAUCUUCUUUCUGAGCAAAUUCUAACUGACGAAUUCCAUGAAAGGAGCUUUACUUUGAUGAGAGGAGACUCUGAUGAUCAGCUGCAGGUCUGUGUUCAUGAAAGAAGUGAAGAAGAGUACAGUAAUGAAACAAAAGAAUACCUCGGUGCUUAUGAACAACGUAUUUUGGUGGAACCAACUUUAGAUGGUGAAAUAUUGGAAGGCUUGAGAUGGUUGCAAAAGAAAAAGAUAAUUGGACUUUACCAAAGACCUGGAGAGGCUCAAGCUUUAAAGGUUGGAAUUUACCUUCUGGAAGCUGGGCUAAGUAAACCAGAGUUUCUCAGUGAUGGAGGUGGAAGACCCAAAAAAGCUAAUCAGCUGAUUCAAAAACUCAUGGAAAAGUUCUACAGUUUUUUAAUUCCAGAUGAGCUGGACGAAGAUGAGGAAGAAUCUGACAUGGAACUAGAGCGACAAAAUAUUGAAGAGCUUUAUGACUUUGUAAGGCACACCCAUCAGCAGGAUAUCCAGUUACUGAGAGAGGAUGUGCAGCAUCCUGCAUUAAUUCCUAUUCUGAGGCCGUACCAAAGUGAGGCUGUGAACUGGAUGCUUCACCGAGAGAACCUCACAAGCACUCCAAGCAGUGAAAAUGCACUGCACUUCUUAUGGCGGGAGGUCAUCACUCUGGAUGGAGUAAAAAUCUACUAUAAUCCAUUUACUGGCUGUAUUAUCCGUGAAUAUCCAGUUGCUGGACCCCAGUGGCCUGGAGGUAUUUUGGCAGAUGAGAUGGGUCUUGGAAAAACAGUAGAAGUGUUGGCUCUUAUUCUGACUCAUACUCGACCAGAUGUUAAACCAGAUGAUCUGACAUUACCUGAGGGUAAGCUCGUGAACUUCUUUGUUCCACCUCAACCUUUAGAAGGAAAUAAAAAGAAAAAAACAAGGGAAAUGGAACUUAAAUUGAAGGAAAAAAUACAAUAUCCCAGCUUACGAGUGAUGAUAUUAGCAGCUGUAAAGGAAAUGAAUGUGAAGAAAGGAGCAUCCAUUAUUGCAAUAUUUAAGUACAUCAGUGCUAUAUAUAGGUAUGACAUACAGCGAAAUAGACGGCUUCUCAAAAGAACUCUAGAAAAACUAAUUGCAGAACAAGUAGUAGAGCAAGUCAAAGGACAUGGUCUGGCUGGGUCUUUCAAGCUGGGAAAGAAUUACAAGGAACAGAAGAGGCGAGAAAGAACCAAAGAGCAGAUAGCAAGUACUUCAGAAAGCAUUCAGAAGAAGCAGUUGACUGAUGCUAAAACUCAAACCAAAGAAUCAAGAAAUAGUGAUGUCACUUCUGAAAAUGUCCUUAAAACCCCUUUACGGGUGCAUAUCACCAUGGAAGAACAUGAUUAUUGUACAACUAGCAAAAAUAACAGGAAAUCUGAAGCAGAUCAUGAGAGCUCUGUAAAAGAGAAUAAUCUUCAGCAGGAAGCUGUGGUCCCAAAGUCUCCUGAUUUGCAUGGCAACCUCCUUGUCUCCAGUGAUGUGAGCAGUCAUCCCGAUUUUGAUGUUUCUAAAACUACACCUGAUGUCCAGCAGGAAGUCCCAAAGGACCAGUCCUCACAUUCCCAAGAACAUUCCGGCAGUAGCGUACAACAUACCAGUUCUGUAUUUCCAUUUAAUACCUCUGAAUAUCGUUUUGAAUGCAUCUGUGGUGAGCUUGGAUUGGCUGACUAUAAAGCUCGUGUGCAGUGCCUGAAAUGUUACUUAUGGCAGCAUGCAGAAUGUGUAAACUACAAAGAGGAAAACCUGAAGAUCAAGCCCUUCUACUGUCCCCAUUGUCUCGUGGCAAUGAAACCCGUUUCCACAGGAGCAACUCUGAUCAUUUCUCCGAGUUCUAUUUGUCAUCAGUGGGUAGAUGAGAUCAACAGGCAUGUAAGGUCAUCUUCUCUUCGAGUUCUGGUGUAUCAAGGUGUGAAGAAGCAUGGCUUUUUGCAGCCACACAUGUUGGCAGAGCAGGAGGUGGUUAUCACCACAUAUGAUGUCCUCCGCACUGAACUGAACUAUGUAGAUAUACCCCACAGUAACAGCGAAGAUGGGCGCCGUUUCAGGAACCAGAAGCGGUACAUGGCCAUCCCAAGCCCCUUAGUAGCAGUGGAGUGGUGGAGGAUCUGCCUUGAUGAAGCACAAAUGGUUGAAUGCACUACUGCAAAGGCUGCUGAAAUGGCACUCCGUUUAAGUGGAAUCAAUCGCUGGUGUGUCAGUGGCACUCCUGUGCAGCGAGGAUUAGAAGAUCUGUAUGGAUUAAUCCUUUUUCUUGGAGUUGAUCCUUACUGGGUCAAACAUUGGUGGGACCAACUUUUAUAUCGACCUUACUGUAGGAAAAAUCCCCGGCCUCUCUACAGUCUAAUUGCCAAGAUAAUGUGGAGAUCAGCAAAGAAGGAUGUGAUUGACCAAAUUCAAAUCCCCCCUCAGACAGAAAAUGUACACUGGCUUCACUUUUCUCCUGUGGAGAGACACUUCUAUCAUCGCCAGCAUGAGGUGUGCUGCCAGGAUGCAUUGGCAAAACUCAGGAAGAUUUCGGACUGGACUCUUAAGCUUAGUAGCCUAGAUAGAAGGACUGUGACUUCUAUUCUGUACCCUUUGCUGCGGCUGAGGCAGGCCUGCUGUCAUCCACAAGCUGUUCGGGGAGAGUUCUUGCCAUUACAGAAAAGCACCAUGACCAUGGAGGAACUGUUAACAUCUCUGCAGAAGAAAUGUCGAACAGAGUGUGAGGAAGCUCACCGACAGUUGGUGUGCGCUCUUAAUGGCUUAGCUGGUAUCCAUAUCAUUAAAGGAGAAUAUGCAUUGGCUGCAGAGCUGUACAGAGAAGUGUUACGAUCAUCUGAAGAGCACAAAGAAAAGCUCAAAACAGAUUCCUUGCAAAGACUUCAUUCUACACACAAUUUGAUGGAAUUGUUGUUGGCAAAGCACCCAGGAAUUCCCCCGACUUUGCGUGAUAGCCGACUUGCAGAAGAGGCGGAACAACUUCGACAGCAUUAUAUGAGUAAAUCCAAUGCAGAAGUUGCAGAAGCCCAUCAGGCCUUACAGCCAGUUCUUCAGACCAUUCGGGAGCUCCAGAGAAAGAUACAUUCAGGUUCUCCUUGGUGGUUGGAUGUCAUCCAGACAGCAAUACAGUAUGCCAUCGAUGAGGAGCUUGUUCAACGUGUGCAAAAUGAAAUAACCAGCAACUACAAACAGCAGACUAAUAAACUCUCCAUGGCAGAGAAAUUCCGUGACUGCAGAGGCCUUCAAUACCUGCUCACAACCCAGCUGGAGGAAGUGAAGAAGUUCCAGAAGAUUGUAAGAGAAGCAGUGAAAAGCUUAGAAGGCCCUCCCUCUAAGCAGGUUAUUGAGGCUGCCACUAUCUGCCAUUUGCGACCUGUUAGACUUCCACUUAACAACUGUGUCUUUUGUAAGGCUGAUGAGUUGUUCACAGAAUACGAGUCGAAGCUCUUUUCUCAUACUGUUAAAGGCCAAAUGGCAAUAUUUGAGGAGAUGAUAGAAGACGAAGAAGGGCUCGUUGAUGACCGUUUGCCCACCACAAGUAGAGGACUGUGGGCGACCAGUGAAACUGAACGUGCCUUGAAAGCUCUUCUCUCCUUUGCCAAAGCUCACCGAAUGGAUGUUAAGCUAACCGAAGAAGGCAGCGUAUUUCUGGAACUCUUUGAAGCAUGGAAAAAGGAAUAUAAGUUACUUCAUGAAUAUUGGAUGGUACUUAGGGAUCAUGUGUCUGCUAUUGAUGAACUGGCAAUGGCUACAGAACGGCUGAGAGUGCGUCAUCCUGAUGAGCCAAAACCAAAUCCACCAGUUCUCCACAUCAUAGAACCGCAUGAGGUAGAGCAAAAUCGAGUGAAACUUUUGAAUGACAAGGCAGUUGCCAAAUCACAGCUUCAAAAGAAAUUAGGACAACUUCUGUAUCUCACUAAUCUGGAGAAAUCUCAGGAUAAAACUACUGGGGGAGUUAACCCAGAACCAUGUCCAAUCUGUGCACGUCAACUGGGAAAACAGUGGGCAGUGCUGACAUGUGGACAUUGUUUUUGUAAUGAGUGUGUAGCUAUCAUCAUAGAACAGUACAGUGUUGGCACCCGCCGGAGCUCAAUUAAAUGUGCCAUUUGCAGGCAGACAACAUCUCAUAAAGAAAUAUCAUAUGUCUUCACUGCAGAAACUGCAAAUCAGGAGGAUGAUAUUCCUGUAAAGGGAAGUCACUCCACCAAAGUGGAAGCUGUGGUCCGAACACUGAAGAGAAUUCAAUUUAAAGAUCCAGGGGCUAAAUCCUUAGUUUUCUCAACGUGGCAAGAUGUGUUGGACAUAAUUUCAAAAGCUUUGUAUGACAACAACAUGAUUUUUUCUCAGAUCAAUGGAAUUAGUAAAUUUCAGGAAAAUCUCUCGGCGUUUAAAUACGAUCCCAACAUCAAUAUUUUGCUGCUGCCUCUUCACACUGGUUCCAAUGGACUAAACAUCAUUGAAGCAACUCACGUUCUGCUUGUGGAACCCAUUCUGAAUCCUGCACAUGAGCUACAGGCUAUUGGCAGAGUACAUCGUAUUGGCCAAACAAAAUCUACCAUUGUUCAUAGGUUCCUGAUAAAAGCAACAAUAGAAGAGAGAAUGCAGACUAUGCUGAAAACUGUAGAUAGAAGCCACACGAGCUCUUCCAUGAAACAGUCAGAAGCCUCAGUUCUGACAGUGGCAGAUUUGGCUGACCUUUUUACAGAGGAAACUGAAGAACUUGAGUAAAAACAUUGGUUUGGCCUAAUGAAAUCAGAAAGUACGUGACCUAAUAAGCACCGGUAUAUAAUCCACUUGAUCUGUCACUCCUGUAAACAUCAUCUAACGUUUGUCUGUAACAGAGCUAUUGGAAAUUGAAAAGUCUUAAUUGUUACUGUUUUAUUCUGUGGUGAAGUUCUUAGCAGCACACACUUCUGAUAGCACUGGAGAAAACUUGCACUUUGCACAUUAUACAAAACCAUGGAUUUUAUUCCCAAAGAGCGUUUGAGCUGGAUGCUAAAACUGAGAUCUUGGACCCUUGGUUGAGAGGAUUUUUACCAUCAGGUUUGAUUGACUAGUAGCUCAGUCUGAGAGCAAAACUGUGUGGGUGGUUGGGUGGGAAAGGGAAGCAGAAAAACACAAAUCUAAUUUUUUUUAUUGUACAAAGAAUUGUUAGAAAGAAUGACUGUAAAUUAAUAUUCUUCUAGAAAGGGCUUGUUAGCAUUUAAUGCAGAGUUACUGAACGUCUUAUUGGUAACACUUUAAAUGACUAAUCUUUACUAAUAAUUUGGAUAUUUGUAUUAGGCUUUUAGAUAUUCAUAAAGACUUGUGACAGUUAAAAAUUUCAUUGUUAAUGCUUACUCACUGCAAAUUGAUGAUAAUUAAAUUAUGCUUUUUGUAUGUGUGUUCGUCUGGUAGUCAGUUAAAUACUUGAACUUACUGUACAUGUUUUCACUUAUUCUUGAAGCCAUGACUAAUUUAGUGCUUUGUUUUAAAAAAAAAAAAAAAAGUAUUUGUUACAGAAUUUUUAAAAAACUAAUUGGUUAAGCUGCUCAUCACUUUAUAAUCAUUUGGUGCUUGUGUACAUUUUCUCACCCUGAUUUUUUUGUCUAGUUCUCCCCCUAAAGAUGCAGCAAUCUAAAUAUUCAAAAUAGAUGAAAUUAAGGUAGGCAGCCUAAUCAUUAGGUACCUAGUCUAAGUUAGAUAAUCAGUGGAGAGAGAUGAAACUUUUGUGAAACUUCAUCCUUACAAAUGCGAGAUCACCCUACCCCAUCUCUAUUGACAGUAGAGAGUUUAGAAAACAAAUCUAGGCUAACUUUUAGACUGCUGAAAGUAGGCAAGAUAAAUUCUAAGCCUUUUGGCAUAGGUUGUGGAUACACAUUUACAUAACAUCAUUUCUGAAGGUAUUACAGAAGCAAGCUCAGUUACGCAGUUGAUGUUAAACACAAUUUUGUGUUUAGAGACUGGGCAAACAUAUAUGCAUAAGUGACAGGCUGCUUCCCUCAAAUUACAAUAUUUACUGUUUCAGUAGACAAUGUGUUUUGUGUAUUUUAGAAAUCUUACUUGAGGUUGAAAUUAAAAUGAGUCCUUUAAGAAAUCUCAUCUCAGAAUUUUUACUCUAAUCAUGUCUGCUAAAUAGAUUUGCCAUAUAGUUAUUGAGCUUCUUGAGUUCUGUUUUGAAUCAUACUGCAUUGAGUUGCACUGUUUGGGUAUUAAGCCUAUCCGCAUGGCAGACAAGUUUUCCACU